AUGUGUCGCUUUCUGGUAUACAAAGGCAGCCAUGAGAUCCGUCUCAGCAAGCUAGUCACAGAACCGAGUCACUCGAUUCUGACUCAAUCGUAUGAUUCUCGUUUAAGACUCGACAACCGCCGUCCCGUCAACGGCGAUGGCUUCGGAGUCGGUUUCUACACCGACCCCAAGCUCGGGCCUGAGCCGUGCAUCUUCACGUCGACGCUGCCGGCCUGGAACUGCGAGAACCUGGAACGGCUGGCGUCGAAGACGUGCUCGGACUUGAUCUUCGCGCACGUGCGCGCCACGACGGAGGGCGCGCUCUCCGACAACAACUGCCACCCCUUCCAGCACCAGACGCUGAUGUGGAUGCACAACGGCGGCAUUGGCGGCUGGCACUACAUCAAGCGCAUGCUGGCCGACUCGCUCGCGGACCGCUGGUACCUGGGCGUCAAGGGCGGCACCGACAGCGAGUGGGCCUUCGCGCUGUUCCUCGACCUCCUGGAGAAGGAGGGCGUCGAUCCCAGCUGUGACCCCGGGCCGGAAGGGUUUGGGCAAGCUCUGCUGCGGAAAGUCAUGGUGAAGACUAUCGCGAAGAUCAACGAGUUCAUUCGCGACAUCCCCAAGCGGCAUAAUGUGUCCGGGGUGGAGACGCGCAGUCUGCUGAACUUUGCGGUGACGGAUGGGCAUACAGUGGUUUGUACGCGGUACAUCAGUAGCAAGACAGAUGAGCCGGCGAGUCUGUACUUUUCGUCCGGGACGAAGUGGAAGGAGGGGAAGGAUCAGGGGCACUUCAAGAUGGAGAGGCAUGAUAAGGGUGCGGAUAUUGUGUUGGUGGCAAGCGAGCCGAUUACUUUCGAGAGACAUAACUGGGUCUCGGUCCCGGCGAACUCGAUUGUCACGAUUCACAAGCAAACGGUACUUCUGCAUCCCAUCUUGGAUGAGUUCUACAGCGAGGACUUGAACCACGACCGCUCCUCCUGCUACGCCGUGUCCAAGGGUCUCGUGAGCACCGCACCGGGAACAACGGUGCACCCAAAGAACGUCGAUGGUUCUACCAGAGCAGCAGAGCCCGAAUUGCCAGCGCCGGCUGCGAGCGCGCAAAAUUGGGGGCCUGACGACCUCAGUGCGCAGAUGGCGCAACACCGAAUAGCAUGCGCGAACCAAUGUGCUGUAUCACAUUAA